CGGACCCCCAGGCGGAACUACAGGCCUCGGGCCCUCAGGCGGAGCGGCGGCGGGCGCGGGCGCCGGCCCCCGGGUGGAGCGACAGGUCUCGGGCCCUCAGGCGGAGCGGCGGGCGCCGGACCCCCGGGUGGAGCGACAGGUCUCGGGCCCUCAGGCGGAGCGGCGGGCGCCGGACCCCCAGGUGGAGCGACAGGUCUCGGGCCCUCAGGCGGAGCGGCGGGCGCCGGACCCCCAGGUGGAGCGACAGGUCUCGGGCCCUCAGGCGGAGCGCGGGCGCCGGACCCCCAGGUGGAGCGA